AAGGAAAUGUGUCGAAGGGAGGGGAUGAAGACAGAAUGGCUUCUAAAGAGGAGCCUCUUCCCUGUUCCGGAUUUUAUCUGUUGCGUAUAAAGGGCGGACGCAUCGGGAGUUGAUGUUCUAAUUAGAUCGCAGCAGAAGCUGCCGGGUCCCCGGCUGUUGUCGGCUGCAUCUGGCGGCUCCACACGCCACAUUGCCUAACAUGUCGGGCGCACUCAACCCGUCAAACGGUGUCAAUCGCUUUCACGCUAGCUCGGCCACGGCGGCGGCUCCUUUUGGCACACCUGAGUGCGGUUCGGCGGCGGCUUUCCUCGAGCUCACCAACUCCGCAGCGAUCGCCGCAGACUUCGCCUACGACUUUGGACUCGCCGCUGGAUUCCGGCACCACCACCAGCCGCCUCCCGCACAUUCGACCGCAGCCGGAUUUGGCUAUUUUGGUUCUUCGGACGCCGCAGCAGCUGCAGCUGCGGCCGCAGAGAGCUACGCCUCGCUGGCUUGGGAAGCGCAAAGCGCUGCUGCUCUUGCUGCCACUUACCAAGGCCAUCAUCAGACGGGGUUCGCCUCGUGCGAUUUCGGUCCAUUUUCAAUUUCUAACACAGGUUGCGCCGGAGGGAGGAUACCUGGGAUGGGGGUGCAGCGACUUGGACCACCUCCACCGAGGGCACCCUCCCACUGUAAUGGGCAGACAACCACCAAGACCAAAACAAGGAGGCGCGUGGCCACCAUUGCCCAGCGCCGCGCCGCUAAUAUCCGAGAGAGGCGUCGGAUGUUCAACCUCAACUCGGCCUUCGACAAGCUUCGCAAAAAGGUGCCCACCUUCGCGUAUGAGAAGCGAUUGUCCCGGAUCGAGACUCUGAGGCUGGCCAUCAUGUACAUCGCUUUCAUGACAGAAGUGGUUCGCGGUGGCAAAGAUUCCGACGGCCACCACAGUCAUCAUGACAUACCUCUAGUCCCACCAGGAGCGUAUACGCCAGGGCUUCCCGAUGGACAUUUGUGGACACCACCACAUGGCACUACGGCUCUCAAUGAGGGGCACACCCAAAGACCCGACAGAUUAUCCCACAUCUGUUCCCGGCAGGUAUAAAGAAAGAAAGAAGACAGGUUUUUCAAACAGUUUUCAUCAGACUUUCACUGUCGAACUUCCAGUGACCAUCCACACACACACUUGACUAGCUUUGACCUUCAGUCGCUUACUGUAGGGGGAGCUAGACUCGAACAGUUGCGCUUAUCAAGUAUAUCUUAUGAUUCAAGUCUUCCAGUGUCAAGUCUCCCAAACAGUCAACAACUUUCAACAUCAGCAAUUGCUAUAAUACUGUGGUAAAAACCUGACAAGUUUAAGUGGUAUAUCAUUACUGCGUAAAUCUCUUCUGUGAUUUUUUUUCUAUACCUUUCAGGAACAUUUACUUUUUGAGGAUUAUUGUCGGUAAAUAUUACCUUCAAUGAGAAUGCAUGAAGUUGUCAUGCAAAAUUCGAUUUCUAGAAUUUUAAAAACUAAACUCUUCAUGGAGUUUCUGUUUCAUUUCAAUGAUGAUGCGAUUUUUUUUUUUUUUUUUAUGUGAGAAAGAAAAUACAUGAACUUUGCCUCUAGCGAACAUGUAUCGAAAUUUCAAUGGAAAGAUUCAAGGUUUCGUAGAAAAUUCACAAUUUUUGUAUGAAGUAAAAUUUAGUUUAUUCAUGUCUGCAUAUCAGUGAAGUGUUUUCGGUCUUUCAGUCACGAUAUGUAAAUAUUUAUUCCGUACUGUAGGCGACUGUAAAAGUUGUUAGUGAGCAUAUCAUUUGGAUACAUAAGAAUCCAGAACUUGUAAAUAAGUGAAUAACAGUUUCUAUUUAUUACCUCAUUUUCAUUUUGUAUAUAAUUCAUGAAUUAAUUUAUUUUUAUGUCCCUUUAUUUGCUAAGGGAGACCAUGAGCUGAGGUGAGUGUUCAAUCAAAUUGUUGUGCAAUCCCUAUUUAUUCUAUUUUUCUUCUAUAGUGUUGCUUUGUUCUCUUGCUUUGCCUUUAUUUAUAAACUGUCAUUUUCUUGAAAACCAAUAAUGUUUUCAUUGUAUGUUUUUAAAUAACCAUUUCGAUAUAUUUACUUAAUAAUAUUUAAUAUAUAGAGUUGUACUGAUUUAUUAUAUUUUAGAAAGUAGAAAAAAAAAGCAGUGUAAUAACAUUACAACGGCCUCUACAGUUUAACCUUAAUAUUUUGUAGGCAAUAUUAAUUUACAUAUUCCCAUUUA